AUGGCAGGAAUAUGGAAGUCACCGGGAGGAGGUGCUAAGCGUUUCAUAGCUGGCCAAGAUUCUGAAUUUGUUCUUAAAUGGCAAAAGUCAAAAAAGUUGGUAAUCGAAAAGGACAACACAGAUGAGUAUUUAUCAAAAUAUCUUAAAGCUAACGCAUGUGUCACGUCGGUCGUAGCUAUGAACGGCUGCGAGAAUGAGUUUUUGUCGACCAGCAGCAAUGGCGAAGGCGUCCAUGCG